CCGUUGCAUUCUGGGAAAGGGCAGUUUCCGUUAGGUGCUGAAGGCUGAGGCGCGCGACCGGCCACACUCCCACGUGAAACGCUACGCGGGCAUCGCUCCGCGGGGUAGCUCCCUGCUUACCGCGGAGCGUCCGGAAGCAGCGGGGGAACCGGAAGUAGCCCGCAGAGACGCCGAAGGUAGACCCGGAGCCCGGAGUAAGGCGCCUCAGAGCGCUGCGUCGGCGCCAUGUCCCUGAUCUGCUCUAUCUCCAAUGAAGUGCCAGAGCACCCGUGCGUGUCCCCCGUCUCUAAUCACGUCUACGAGCGGCGGCUCAUAGAGAAGUACAUUGCUGAGAAUGGUACAGACCCCAUUAACAACCAGCCUCUCUCCGAGGAGCAGCUCAUCGACAUCAAAGUUGCCCACCCAAUCCGGCCCAAGCCCCCCUCAGCCACCAGCAUCCCAGCCAUCCUGAAAGCCUUGCAGGAUGAGUGGGAUGCCGUCAUGCUGCACAGCUUCACUCUGCGUCAGCAGCUGCAGACAACCCGCCAGGAGCUGUCCCACGCUCUGUACCAGCACGAUGCCGCCUGCCGUGUCAUUGCCCGUCUCACCAAGGAAGUCACUGCCGCCCGAGAAGCUCUGGCUACCCUGAAACCACAGGCUGGUCUCAUCGUGCCCCAAGCUGUGCCAAGUUCACAGCCAAGUGUGGUGGGUGCAGGCGAACCCAUGGAUUUGGGUGAGCUGGUGGGAAUGACUCCCGAAAUUAUCCAGAAGCUUCAAGACAAGGCCACUGUGCUGACCACGGAGCGUAAGAAGAGAGGGAAGACUGUGCCUGAGGAGCUGGUGAAGCCGGAAGAGCUCAGCAAAUACCGGCAGGUGGCAUCCCACGUGGGGUUGCACAGUGCCAGCAUUCCCGGGAUCCUCGCCCUGGAUCUCUGUCCCUCCGACACCAACAAGAUCCUCACUGGUGGGGCGGAUAAAAAUGUUGUCGUCUUUGACAAGAGUUCUGAGCAAAUCCUGGCCACCCUCAAAGGCCAUACCAAGAAGGUCACCAGUGUGGUGUUUCACCCUUCCCAGGACUUGGUGUUUUCUGCCUCUCCAGAUGCCACUAUCAGGAUUUGGUCGGUCCCGAACGCCUCUUGUGUCCAGGUUGUUCGGGCCCAUGAGAGCGCUGUGACAGGCCUCAGCCUCCAUGCCACUGGGGACUACCUCCUGAGCUCUUCAGAUGACCAGUACUGGGCCUUCUCUGACAUCCAGACGGGGCGCGUGCUCACCAAGGUGACGGAUGAGACCUCUGGCUGCUCUCUCACCUGUGCGCAGUUCCACCCUGAUGGACUCAUUUUUGGAACAGGAACUAUGGACUCUCAGAUCAAGAUCUGGGACUUGAAGGAGCGCACCAACGUGGCCAACUUCCCUGGCCACUCAGGCCCCAUCACCAGCAUCGCCUUCUCCGAGAACGGCUACUACCUGGCUACGGCAGCUGACGACUCUUCUGUCAAGCUCUGGGAUCUGCGCAAACUGAAGAACUUCAAGACGCUGCAGCUGGAUAACAACUUUGAGGUGAAGUCGCUGAUCUUCGACCAGAGCGGUACCUACCUGGCCCUAGGGGGCACAGAUGUCCAGAUCUACAUCUGUAAACAAUGGACAGAGAUUCUUCACUUCACAGAGCACAGCGGCCUGACCACAGGGGUGGCCUUCGGGCACCACGCCAAGUUCAUCGCUUCUACAGGCAUGGACAGGAGCCUCAAGUUCUACAGCCUGUAGGCCCUGUCCCUUCUGAUGGAAGUGGCCUCAUCUCAGUAGCGGGGUAGAGUUAGGAUCGGGGGUGGGGGGCGGCUGCUGUGGGAGGGGGGCAUCUCUGGGGUGGGACAUUCACAUCAUUUCACUCUGGUCUGGGUGGUGGCCCGAGGGCCAUGGUGGCAGGGACCACCCUCAGCCGUGCAACCUCCAGGCUCUACCGGAACGGACCUGAGAGCAAGAACUGUCACCCUGCGAAGGCUCAGGGUCGGAGCCCAGAGCCUCUCCCCUCAAGGUGGUGGCCGUUCCACAUAUACUUUGUUUCGGUUCCUGUGAGCUGGGAGAGGCUGACCCAAGGGAACUGUGAAGGGGACGGGCAUGAGGGCCCGUACAGGUUUUUGUAAACGGUGAUCUAGUUUCAUUAAAAAAAGACGACAAUAAAUGGAA